AUGUCAGUUACAUUGAGUUCUGCUACAGAUUCGACGAUCGACGCCGCACCUUCAACGCACGCACGCAAUAAACCGGGAACAGUGGAGCGUCCUGGUAUCCCAGGCCUGGGUCGCGUGAGAACCGAAUUCCUAGAACAUGUUGAUUUAUCCGUGGAGCAACGGGAGCAGCUCUGGCAGGUAUGUGUGAGAGGCCUACCGGACAGCCCACAUGAUGAGGGAGUCCUAGAGACCCAUCAUCCGUCCACGAGCGAGAUCUACAAUGCAUUACUACCUGAUGGCAUGCCUAUCAAGAAGCUCGUUCAUAAGUUUAGAAUAUGCGUGAAUCAAGACAAUAAGAAAGAGUUUGUUAGACUUGUCAGGGCUGUCGCCUCGUAUGACAAAGGCCGUGGCUGGUUAAAUCCGCUUCCGAAGCUGCCGUCGGACGAGCAGAUUGCUGCUGCCGACAAGCGGCAUAAUGAAAGGCGGGGUACAGCUGCUAUCGAGUGA